AUGUGUCCUCAUGCAUCUCAGCCUACAGCCGGCAUCGACUGCGCGGCUGAGCUGUCUGAACCGAGCCGUAAAUUGGGUAGUAAGGCCACAGAAAAGACAGACACAGUCGAAAGCCCUAAGCCCCGUUUCCAGCCUGGGAAUGAGACGUUGAUCAGAGUCAAAAUGUUUUUGUCCAGAUUCAAUGCUCCGAAAUCCAAGAGGAAGCCCAAGAAGAGGGUCCCAAAGGCCCGUAUUGUCGAAGACGACUCGGAUACAGAGGCAGGGAGGGAUAACAACCAGAGACUCCCGAAGGAACGCACUACCGAUAAACAGUCAAGCAUAAUCAACAGGAAAAUAACCAAGGGGAGGAAGAUAGAUGUCGUCGACGAAUAUUGGCAGACAGAUGAUGUCCAGCGACAGAGAUAUCUAAAUGGCGAACCUAUCACGGACCCGUUACCAGAGGAUAUGGAGUCGAAUGACUGCUACAAACUGAAUAAUACGCCGUUAAAUACCCAAACCUAUACUGGGCUUACAUUGGCACCUCACGCGGCGCUUCGAUAUGAUUCCUUCAUACCGACUGGCGAAACCUAUGAAUUUCUACCGUGUGCGCCAUUUUCGCCCGAUGCGAUGGGUAUACUUGGCUUUAAGAGAGUUCGCGGAAAUGACACUAUAAUGGACAGAUAUGGUGAUUGGAAGACAGGAACCAGCUACUUCAAGCCAUACAAAAUGCUCCUCUAUCGUGGCCGUCUUAACGACCAACCUCACUCAGACGACCGCCAUCGGUUUGUGUACCUUGCGCCGAGCAAACCUAAUGAACCGCAGGUCGGGGAUUGCUUCAUAAGGCUCGAAGAGAUCCACAAGCGUAUGAGAGGCGAUAGCUUGCCAUAUGAAGCAGAUUAUGAACUCGCUAUUGCAUAUGACACACUACUGAGAACCAUCCAAAGACCGAGUACUCAGGAGGCUGCAGAUGAGGCACAGUUCAGAUACAACGCCCUUCUGAAUGAACGUGGUGGUCGGCUCAGAUUUCGCUGCUGGACCGUCGCAGGCGCCCCAAGCCCAGAAGACGAAAACAGGCUUUCUGAAAAGCUUUUUGGAUCGAUGUAUUACAGGGCCCAGGAGGACUGCCUCGAGGUGUUUCGUGUUUGGGCUGAGAUACUACGAAAAUCACAGGGCGAUAAGCUAGCGGCAAAAGACUUCUUUGGCCGCUACUGGGAUGCCGUGAUUCCAACUGAAAUUGCAGAUAUAUUCGGAGUUGGAUUCAUGUUUAUCGUGGGAGCUAAGUAUGUGGAAAGCAAAGGUUUCAGUGCUGAGAACCCUAUGUCGCUUAUUGACCGCGAUGUAAUGAAGCAACAAGUGUUCGAUGGGGUCCAGCGUGUUGUCAACACACCACGACUCAAGUUCAAACCUGUGCUUACUCUCGCAAAUAUCUUUUUUUAUGAUCAGCUUACUCUGGAUGCCAACGAUUAUGCGGCGAGAUGGGAUAAAGCAGGAUGGAGAUAUCUUGAGGCACAUCCUGGAGGCCUUUACAGUAUCGCGGUGGACCUACCAGUACGGGAGUUCCUCUACGGAGCUAUUGAAGGCAAACCAUUCUACCAGCUGGGAUACGAGGCCCCCCCGGAGCUGCUUGCUCGGGGUCUUAACGGCCGCCUGGACAAAUGCCGCCCACACACAGAGCCAACAACAACAGAGGUCGAGACUCACUUCGUAGAGGGUACGAAGCACCGAACGAGAAUUCCAACGCAGGACAAAUGUGUGGCUGAGCGUGGGUAUUCUGCGAACUUGGCUUUGUCGGACGUAUAUCCAGGACAUUAUACCGCUGCCGAUGCAAAGAAAAGAAGAGUUGCAGAGUGGCUUCAUAGAUCUGCCUUUAGCUAUGGAGGCCUUAUCAAAGGAGUGCCAAAUUCUUCCCAGGUCCCUAAUAAUCUUGUCCUCGGAACACCUGAUACGAACACAGUUAUGAUGAGAUAUGAAGCCUUUGUUAAACGUCUCGCCUUUCACGCAAACGGCCAGCACGGUUGUACAGUGGAGGUCAAGACAGAGAUCAGCUACCCAGGCCUCGUAGGAUGGGACGCAGAUUGGAUUGGAGACGCUGACCACCGGUACACCUGGCUAGCUCCCCAACUCAAAUACGGCUAUCGCAACCAUCAGGAUAGCAUACCUCACGUCUUGAUUGAACGAGAUUUGUAUCCAUUGAACCGUGAGUCCUGCAUGCUAUUUCAGGCCCUACUCGAUAAAUCCUUGGAGAACAAAUGCUGGGAGUGGAAUUGCUGGGGCAAUGAUGCUGUUGCAAUGGCUCUCAUAGAGUCUACACGUGUGGACGACGACCAGGAGGAAGAGCCGAGCGAAGAGAAAAUGAAGGAGAUGGUCAGGCAGGAUCUAGCUCAAAGGCCUGAAUGA